CUAAUCGAUCGGCCGCCUCUCACUUCACUCUCCCCCCCCUCGUUUUUCUCUCGCCUGUUCACCUCUUCUUCUUCCCCAAAAAACACGAGCUAGCAAAAAAAGAUGAGCAAAACCCUAGCUCUUUCAAUCGCCCCCAACCUUCUUCUUUCGCCUCUCAAAACUGACUUACAGUCUCCCAAAUCGAACAAAACCUAAAAAAUGAAUCCCCAUCGCCUCCCUCUCUCUCUUAAGUUCUGAUGGAGACGAGGAAAAGGAAAAGAGAUUCAAGCGACGGCGAGCAAGGAGAGCCGCCGGCGGUUGAUGAUGACGGGGACGAAGGAAAGGGAUCAGAUAUGGAUGGCGGACAAGGGGAAAGAGCAAAGAAGCAGCAGAAAGGGAAGAGCAAGGUCGCUGCCGCCGGCAGGUAUGAGCUUUGUCGCGGCGACGGUGAUGACAAACAAAGGUCUAGAAAUUUGGCGGUGCUCAUGUUGAGUUUGAUUCUGAGAAUUGGUAGGUGGUGA